CGACAAAUGCGUGUAUUCGAUUGAGAACGCUACGGCCUAACAUGCUAUGAGCCUGUUAGCUUUGGAAUGUAAGAAGAAUGAUGGUAGUUGCGCUGGUAACACGAGUACUGACAGUAAAUAAUGUGUCAAUGUAGUACGUGUUGUUACAGGACGCAUUAAACACCCGACUGUGAUUGACGGAAAAGUAAAAUUUCCGUUAAGACUAACGAGGAGCGAAGUGUCAUUUGAUAUUAACACGGGUAGUCAUGGAUCUUCAGUAAAAACUGAAGAUACGAAUAAAACGGUCAACGUUCCUAAUAGUCCCAAUGUGGCUGUCCUGAGUGGUGAGAAACGGACGGCAGUACAGAGAAAAGGAAGUGAAAGUAUUAAAAGCUACAAGCAGUAGACACUUGGUUGGCAAGUCAUUGGUGAACUUUUAUUCUGAGUCACAAAAUACAUUACCAAAGUCUGUUAGUAAGACAGAACUCGACCCUGGCGUGCCUGAGAAAAAUUUAUUCUCAUCGAAUAUUAUUGUGAGUAAUCUGCUAGAGUCAAACGGUCCUGAUCCCAAAAUUAGACAUGCCCAUGGUUUGGAAAAGCUCGGAAAACUUAUCCAUAGCACCUUAACAGAUAACUCCAAAAGAGUUCGGGUCAAAAAAUUGAUGAGAAUAUGUAAGAGGGUCGACGAUAAUGCCGAACCCCGACCAUAUAGACCCCUCAAGGUAAUCCUAGGGUCAGAGAAGCAAUCUUAUCUUCUGUUAAGUAGCGCUCGUAGUCGCAACAAUACCGACACUCAAGUGAGACGUAGUAUGUCUCUAGAAGACAAAAUAAAAAGAAAGUCGGCACUAGCUGCAUUACUUGAUGGUGAUUAUAUUUUUAAAAUGUCAUACCUUCAUAUUAUAUAUUAUUAGGCCCUUAGAACGUAUUGUCGUUGUCUUAAGUUAUUCUUCUUUGGCACUAGGUAGCGUUCUUUUGAGUUGUUCGUUCAUGUGGUAAUUAAUUAUAAUAAGUAAAUUAGUUGUAGUUGUUAUAUAAACGAAUAAUUCUUCAUCAUUCAGACAGAGGGAACUUAUAUUUAGUUUACGCAAAUUUAAGAACCUUUAUUCUCAUCUGGAUUCUGCCUGAUCUUAUCCGAUUCACCUCCAAAAGUAAACUUGUACUAAUUCCGAAAGCGGACCAACUUACAAAACUCUCCAGAUAUUAGCUUUUCUGCCAACAAUUUUUAUACAAGUGUUUUUCGAUCCGUCUUAUUCCCUUUGUUACUAUUGACACAGGGUUAAAUUGGCGAGCUGGCCAUAUUUUCGUGUGACGGAUUAUUAUAGCAUUAGGCUGUCUAAACUAAGUAGUAACUUGGCUAGGACCUAGAGCAUAGAAUUUAAAGUUAUGUGUCUUGAUCACUAAGCCAACAUAUCAGUGGCCAUACUGAACUGUGAUAUGAAUUUAAUCAUUUUUAUGGAAUCGGUAGCCAGUUAAUUCGAUUAAACACGAGUACGAGAAUUCAGUAAAUUCUUUGAUGAGUAGCUAAAAGUAACUGCAACCUUCCCAUGUACAUAUCUGCACGCUAGAAAACUACUAGGUAUAAGUUGUUCACUUUUCGUGGAAUAAUGUUUAAGAAUAUGAAUGGGGCUAAAUAGUAGUUGAAAUGGAUCCUCAUUUGCUUUCUUAGUUAUUCAGUCCUAUAUUUCUGAUUUAGUUGAAAGCCUAUUCACCAGGUAUCAAUAUAAAGCAAUUGAUAUCUCACAAACAUUUAAUCUUACAGAGCGGUUGUAAUCAAAGUAUUUCGUUCUCACAAACUUUAUACCAUGAUAGAGCAAAGUAGUUUACUAAAUUUCAGUUUGUUGUGUACCUUAUUAAACACUACCACUCAUUUCUAAAAUCACAUCACUUCGGGAGUUAACUAUUCUGAAAAAUCUAGCUCCUGUCUUUAGACUAUAUAUUAUGUCUCCUUUCAAUUUAGUUACACCUUUAUUUUCAAGAAUAAUCAUUAUCUUGUAAUGUAAUCCAUUCAAGCCGUGAGGUUGGCCAAUUUUGCCCAAUCUCACCAUUCUUCCUCAACUUUGCUAUCGACGACGUUCUGGAAACAGCUCUGAUUGAUGGAGGGAAUGGCGGUGUGGAUCUGUUGCCUGGAGAAAUAUUUCUCGACCUUGAGUAUGCGGAUGAUGUCUUACUGUGUGAUCAUACCUAAGUCGUGCAAUCCGCACUUAAUCAGUUGGCAAUUAGUGUCCGUAGGUGUGGUAUUUGCUUUGCACCUUUUAAGCGCAAAGUAAUUUUACAAGACUGGCAGGGCCCUGAACCUUCACUCACUCUGGAUAUUGAGCGGAUAGAAGUAGUCGAGAUGUUCGUGUAUCUGGGUAUCUGUGUAACUGCUAGUGGUUGCGUGAGUGAUGAGAUCAAUUCACGUAUAAUGAAAGCCAGAGGAGCCUACGCCAAUCGGAGCCACCUCUGGCGCCUUCGUGAUGUUGGUCUUGCUACAACGCAUCGGUGAGAGCAGAUUUGCUCUAUGCUUGUGAAACCUGGCCUCUCCGAGUGGAUGUUAGACGACUCUCUGUGUUUGGUCAUCGUUGUCUCCGAAGGAUUGCUGAUAUUUGGCGGUAAUACCGUGUUAUUAAUACAGAUGUUCGGCAUCGCGUGUUCGGGCACAGCUACGAAUGUCGUCUCAGAGAAUUCCACGUCGUGCAUCGUUUGCCGACGCUGGGGUUGGUUGAGAAAGGCGGUGAAUUGGUCAGUGUAUGAAAGUCGUACAUGACUGGCUUCUGUCGGUCCUUCACAAAUCCCUGGUUGGGGUCCUAGAGAUAGUGCAACACUGGUUAGAGACAUGGCUCAGAAUAGAAGCCAGUGGCGAUCCUGCUUUAACUUUAUUUUUUACUUCAUAAAAAAGGACCUAACUUUAACUAGAAGAAUUCUCUCUGGCUGUACUUUUGCUAAUUAAACUCUCCCUCAUUAUUACUACUUCACUAUCGUACACUAAUUUCUGUUCGCUAUUGUUUCCCUUUUUCUUAUACGCACCUUACAUUCUUUAUCUCUUCACAUUGUUAUUGUGUGGCUCUACCACUACGGGAUUUGAAUCGACAACUGCAUCUCUGUGCUAAUGUGGUGUGGCAACUCGAACUGAUGUACUUACGUACGAAGUUCUACGUUGUUAUUGACUGGUUGUGUGGCGCAUAUGUAUCUGGUGCCACUUUGUACCAAUGUUUAUGUGUUUAAAUAGAUAAAUAAUGCAAGUGAAGCAAACCAAGUGGCAUUCAGUAGAUCAACCCAGUUGACUAAGAUUGAUUACAGUUUUGGGUUGGUCUAUACGUAUUCAAUUUGGAUGCUGGAUAUAAGUUUGUUUUACGAAGUCUUACAGUUUUUCACAAGGCUUCAUUCUUACUUGUUGUUUCGCAUUCUACCACAUUCGUUUUCAUUACUUUUCCCAGAGUUUGCUGUUGUUGGCUCAUCGAUAUAUUGAUUUGUAUGGUUUUCAUCUAUAACGAGUUGCAUAAAUUUCGCCGUCUACAAUUCUGGACUGCAUCGAAUAAAGUAUUUCAAUAACCAUGAAUCGGCUAUUGUCACUUCAAAAGGUUAGCUCUUCCUUAGUCAGAGUUUCUCAGUCGUCGAUUUGGAAAGGAAGCAUCUUUGAUCCAGUAUGUUCACACAAUUGGGUUUUACACCCAACAAUACGCUGGAAAUCUAAAGGGGCACAUGUGAAAAACGUUAAAAAAUUUGAUCGAAGUGAUAUCACUGCAGAAGUUUUAUCACUUGUAAAAGAGGAUAAAAUGAACAAAGAAUUUCAGAAUAUCUUGUCACGUUUUCAAAACUCCUUAGUCCAGCGUUUAAGUUUAAGAAUGACUCCACAGAUAUUUUUCGAUAUUAUGCUUCCUGAACUAAAUGUAAAACUUGGUCAAGUGGCGAAUAUAAUCCUGCAAAAUAAUAUGCACCAAAACAUAACCUCAAACAAUUCUCAUAACAGAGCAAAUGUAGGGAAUCACUAUCUUCUCGUCGAUCUUACUGGCAGACCUGAACUUUUUGUUCCUGCUCGGAAGGCAGUAAUUUCCUUUUUAGAUCCAUGUAAAGAUGGUUCUGGGGAAAACAGGGUUCAGUCAGUUAAUGAAUGUACAUUUACCAUACAAUUAAAUACUGUUAUUACCCAGGAAUCUCGUCAAAGAGCCCUGCUUCAAGCCUUCUAAAAAGUACUCCUCUACAAAUAUGUAUCAGAAAGUUAAAACUGUUAUUUGUAUAUGCGUCGAAGAAAAAUAUGAUAUUGGAUUAUUUAUCAGUCAACAAGACAAGAAUUAUUACAUCAGACAAUUCAUGAAAUGGAUAAAAUUUAUCAUGCUCAUAAUAAACUAUUACAUUCUAAAGAAGCCAAAGAAAAAUUAAGUGAAGAUGAUCUAUUCAUAGCUCGUGAAUAUCUACGUUCAAUGAUUAAAGAACAACAUAAAUUAGCUGAAGCAAUGUGGUAUCCGAAAAAAUUAGAAUUAGAAGGUGAAAAAAUAAUUUAAAUUGUAAAUUAUUUUAUAUUUUCAAACUAGUCUGUACAUAUUUCCCUUAGACCUUUUAUACAUUGUUAUAUGUAUAGUUUGUAGCUAAUAUGAUUGGAUUCUUUAAAAUAGUUUUCUUUUUAAUGUUUUAAAUCUUUUAUUAGUAGUUUUUCAAAUUAAGUAUCCAUGUUUUUUGAUACGGUUUUAUUGUUUAAACUGUAUGAUUUAGUCUUAAAGGUUGUAUUGUUCUUUUGAACAACAUCAUCAGCACAAACUUUACGUAGAAGUUUGAAGUAUUCGAAUUUCUUCACAUACAACUGACAGGCUGUUGUGUCAACCUCAAUCUUGAUUAUAUCUCUUUUUGAUGUUAUUCUUGAUCUUAUAUGUAUCCAUGAUUUUUCUGAUUGGCUAACAAAUUGGAUGGAUUCCUAUAUGUUUUUGUUGAUUGCCCCUAAAUGCCCUGGUACGGCCGAGAGUGGGGAGAGUCCGCUCUCCCUCUCGAAAUGCUGACAUGGCGACGCGUAUAUAGCCUCUGCCAGGGAAGUCCUACUCACUGCCUUCUCGUUGCGCGGGUGUUUUUUACGAAAUUGAGAGGACGAAAAGCGAAUGUCUAUUGCUUUAAGCGGGUUGGUGGACAUGGAGAGUCCACCUCCUAGGGGAGUUGGAAAACCCUCAUUCCAAACCAAUGGUGCACACAGGCUCCAGGAUUCUGAAGGAACAAAUGACGUAUGAAACAGUUGUUGUUGACUGGCUACCAUUGGACUGCAUCUCCUGACGUUGCUCCACUGCCUUGUGGAUCAGACCUUCAGGUCGAAGGUGUGUGGUUUCCUAAGAAAACCAUUUGCUUCGGUUUGGGAACCCGGGGAGCAUCACAGCCCUCACACAAAUGAAAUGAGAUCUGUGUGGCGCAUAUGUAUUUGGUGCCUCCUUGUACCAAUAUCUAUGUGUUAAAAUUUUGUUGGUUGAUUUGAGUGCCAAGCUUUUUUAAAAAUUCCCUGGUGUUCUUAGUAUCCCUUCUAUCCACGAUCUUAACAUUUCUUCAGUAGAAUGAAAAGAUGUGCCGUGAUGUUUGACCGUUAAUUGAUAUCCAUGAAGGCGAAAAUAAAAGAGGCAUCUACUUUGUCCGAUUUAGUGUUUUUCGCAAUUAGAACAUUGUUUUUUAGAUGAUGUUCGCUUUUUCUUAUUUCGUCAUUUCGUUUCUUGGUCUGUAUAGGAUUGAUUGAAGUGAUUUAGUUAAUUUGUAUGCUACAAUUAUUCCAAACACCUCCAAUCAUCUCGUUUUAAUUGUUGAUGUGUCUUUUACAUAUGGUAGUAUGAUCUGUUUGUAGGUUUCUAUCUUCGAUUUUUUUUCUCCGGAUGUGUUGGAUUAAUAUUUUUUUAAUGAAACCGGGUAGAUAGCGGGUUUUUUUUAGAAGGAUACCCGUUAGAUACUGUCCUUCAUUUUUCUACACUACAACAGUGCUGCGAUGUGUUAUCUCCAUCCUAAAUAAAAUUCGUACCCAGUUGAUUUCGUGACUUCUUGGGUUGUUGCUACCGUAGUUGAAAAUUUGAUUUAUAUGGGUUAGUUUUCGAUAUAGGAUCAAUGUGACAGUUUAAUUAAAGUAGAUUAAUCGGUUGAUUCUGUUAAGAAUUAAAGAACUGUCAAAAUAGUCGGUUUUAUAUGUCAUACUUGUAGUUGAUGGCAGUGUGACUGAAUACCUAAUGCUGGAUUCUAGCGUUUUUGUAGCAUACUUGCUUACGCCUGUUACUUUUCGCGCAGGAGCAUAGACUAUCCACCAGCACUCUCCAUCCAACCUUGUCAUGGGCAAUCCUUUCCUGUUGUUAUUAAUCCUUCUCAUAUAUCCGCAUAUAGCUCUUCUAGAGUUACUGCCGGUCCGAAGCUCGGGUAAAGGAGGAGGGUUGGGCAUAGGGUUAGUGACCCCAUCUUGUAGAAAAUUAACUCGUUAAGAAACGCUAAC